AUGUUAUUAUUAGCAAUAUUGAUAUCAAUAAGUUUGAGUCUAGAAUUGCCAGAAAAGAAAUGUAACAUCACAGCCACAGGUAUAAGUUCAAAGUAAGCUUCGUAAUUUGAACAAUUAUUGAAUCGCAUUCGAAAUGAAGUGGCCACUGGCCGAAGAGCUAAUCAUAAAGGUUAAAUCCAAGCGGCAGCAGAUAUGCAUAUGAUCACUUGGUCUAAAGAUAUGGGCAAGAAGGCUUAAGAAUGCUGUGAUACCUGUCCUGAAUAUCCGAUAUUCUGUAGAAAUGUAAAGUUUGGUCUUCCAUAUCAAGUUGAAAGGCUUGACUUCAUUUAUGAUCCACAAAACUAUAGUUCAUACAUAAAAAUGGGAAUGGGACCCAGAAUUCGUAUUAAAUGAAUGGAUGGAAGCUUUAAGCUCAGCAUAAUAAUUACUCUAAUCAAUGUUAUUUCAAGUAGGAUGUGGCAGAGCCUUGACUCCUGUCAAAGACAAAUUCUUAAUGUAUACAGUUUGCUUUUUCGAUUAUGUAAUAAACUUAUCAUGAGUAAGUGCAGCCAAACAGGCCAGAUCCAUACAGGCCAGCUCCUUCAAUCAAUAUAGCUAGUUCCUGUAGAUUGGGAAGAUCGUCUAGCCAUCUUGGACUUUGUACUUCACCUUAUUCGAAGGAUAACCAACUCAUUUGGAUCAAAUAAGAAAGCAGAUUAAUAGAAUCUGAGUGA